CAGGAGGCGGAGGUUGCGGUGAGCCGAGAUCGCGCCAUUGCACUCCCGCCUAGGUGACAAGAGUGAAACUCCGUCUCAAAAAAAAAGCAAAAAAAAAUCCUUUCUCCGCCGUCGUGGUGUGUGCUUUACUCUGAUUCUCACCAUGUCUUCUCACAAGACUUUCAAGAUUAAGCGAUUCCUGGCCAAGAAACAAAAGCAAAAUCGUCCCAUUCCCCAGUGGUUUCGGAUGAAAACUGGUAAUAAAAUCAGGUACAACUCCAAAAGGAGACAUUGGAGAAGAACCAAGCUUGGUCUGUAAGAAAUUACACAUGUGAUGGCACACAUAUUUAUGCUGUCUGAAGGUCACAGUCGUGUUACCAAAUCAAGCUGAAAAAAUGUCACCGCCAUCUGGAGAAGUUUGAACAGCUUCCUUUCUAUAUCUGUUAUGAAGGCAUUAGUUAGUACAAUGCACAGUGCUUCCAUUAUUCAUGUUAAAAAAAAAAAAAA